UAUCUAAAUCGAGCUGAUUACACAUUUUUGUCAGCCAUGUGCGAUGAAUAGGAAGUUUCUGUAUUAUCUUCAUUCUGUAAAACAAGAUGCUCGUGAAUAUAUUUUUAAUUUGUGGUGCUAGUUUGGCUGUAGUUCAUACCUUUGAAGAUAAACCAAUAUCACAAUGGUUGGCGGACAAUGGCUACAGCACACUGGUCAGUCUUUUAAAACAGGCAGGACUUUACGAUACACUCAAUGGACCAGGAGCGUACACGAUGUUUGCGCCAUCAAAUGCAGCCUUCAGUAAAGUGCCUCAGAGUACAUUGAGUUCUCUUGUAUCUGAUAAAUCACUGUUAGUAUCUGUCCUAAAAAACAUCUGUUACCAGAGUUUGCCAUGACUCCUACUUUACGUGAUGGUGACGUUAAGACGAGCCUUAAUGGGACAGAUCUUACAUUCAAACUGUUGCCAAAUGGAGUUUUAUUGGUUAACAAUGCUGUUGUAAGUGAAAAGUCCAGCGAUAUAAUCUUGAACAACGGUGUCGUACAUGUAAUUAAUUCCGUGUUACUUCCAAUCACGGAUAAAGUCGGGGAAAUCCUGCUAAAGAGGAAUGAGUUCAGUACCCUUAGUUUCCUUCUAGCCUUUACAGAUCUUGCACCCACUUUGCUAGGAAGAAGUGUUACUUUAUUUGCGCCAACAAACGAUGCCUUCCAAUCAGUAAGUCCAAGUCUUCCAGAGCUCUCUCUUCCUGGAUCAUUAGAAGUAUAUAAAAAAAUUCUGCGGAACCACGUCGUAAAUGGUGUUUUCCCCACAAAUACGCUACAUAAUGGAGAGGUUUUCACCGCUUUAGGUGGAAGAACGUUGCAUGUCAGCAUCAACUCAAGCGGUGUGUUGGUUACACCUAGUGGAUCAAUUACCACAGGAAAGUUGACAGAAACUGACAUCCAAGCCAUAAACGGUUUGAUACAUGUGGUCGACCAUGUUCUUAUACCACAAGGUUUGAAGAGAAGUGCUCCAGCGAAAUGAUUCUAUUUUUCAAUCCGAUAACCAAAGAAAAACUUUAGUUCAAUUUAUAGUAAAAUUUGAAAUCAAGUAAUUGUACACAAAGGUUAAAAUAAAGUGCAAAAUCGA